AUGGAAGCAGAUGGAAGGAGCAAACAGGACAAGCAAAAGAAGGGGCGAGUUUGCAGCAGCCUUUGGCCGGAGAGCUACUCAGCCACUGGGACUCUGACCUCCAUGGAGGACAUGAGCACUUGGUCCCACCGAAGCCUCUCUGGUGUAGGAGUGGGGAGACCAAGACUUUCCCCACAAGGAGGUCACCCACACUCCCGGCGCCGCCAUCGCACCACCUUCAGUCCAGGACAGUUGGAACAGCUGGAGUCAACCUUUGAGAGGAACCAGUACCCUGACAUUUGGGCCCGAGAGGCCCUUGCUCGGGACACAGGCCUCAGUGAGGCCAGAAUCCAGGUCUGGUUCCAGAACCGAAGAGCUAAGCAGAGGAAGCAAGAGAGGUCACUGCUUCAGCCACUGGCCCAUCUGUCUUCUGUCACCUACUCUGGCUUCUUGCCUGAGACUGCUGCUUGCCCCUAUUCCUACCCAUCACCACCCCCACCCAUGACCUGCUUUCCUCAACAUUACAACCAUGUUCUACCCUCUCAACCCUCCACAGCUAGUUCUUUUGUUCAACCUCACCAGUCUGAAGAUUGGUACUCCACCUUGCACCCAACCUCUGCUGGUCAUCUGCCUUGCCCCCCACCUCCACCCCUACUUCCCCUCACCCUUGAGCCACCAAAGUCCUGGAACUAA